UGAAAUACGGUGCUCUCAAUAUCUACAUCUUUUGAUUGUAAUCGAAGUUGCAUGCAUAUAGAGAUAUACUAAGUAUUUGGUUGUAACGAAAAUGAACUCCUUAAGGAAUAUCACAGUUCUACUUGCAUUCACUUUGAGUGUUUUCGGUGCAGUUUCUGGGGGUAAGAUUUGUGAAUUUCCGAACCGUGACUCUUUGAGCAAUCUUAAAGCCAUUAAUGUCGUAUCACCAAUUUGUGUAUAUAUGUAUGUGAAAUUUAAAUAAAGUGUAAAUUUAUAAAGUGUUCAUACAGUGCAUUUGGAAAUUGUGUAAUGUAGUUACAAGGGAAUGUUCUCUUUCUUAAAUAAACAUUAAAAUAUAUAAAGGCACAAUAGUUUAGUUUACCUAAAGGUUCUAAUGAUCAAUGGGAGAAGACGAAUCGAAAUUGAGAUACAUAUGUACAGUUGUAAGGAGGGCAUGACCUAUUCGUAUCUAUGCAUAUCUUAUAGCAGUGACAGAUAAGCAAAAUUAAUGCGCCUUAAAAAAUGCUAAUACGGAUUGAAAUUUUGUGGUGACAGACCGCAGAUUUGUGCAUUUAUACAGCUGAUUAAUUGAAGCUGAUCUUUUUAAAAAAGUAAAAAAAUCAGCACAUUUUUGUCGCUGGUUGUUGUUGAAACUGUUCGCUGUUUGCUUUCUGCCAUUUCCAAACAUUAAAAUUUAUUAUUGUAAAUACAUAUGUAUAUGUAUAUUUGCAGAUAAUUUAAUUUGCAAAUCAAAUUCGGUAAAUUCAGCUAAAUGCUCGAAAUUUUUGUGCAUUACUAAUUACAAUAAAAUGACUCAAAUCCGCAAGCAAAUCAAGCUCAGCAGAUCUAUCUAAUUGCGAAGUAGGAUUUACAAUUUAAUAAACUAUAGGUAGUUAAAUUUGCUUGUGUGAAGGCAAAGUAUAUAACGUUGCUAAUUUACUAAUUUAUUAAUUUUCAUAAAAAGUCAGGACCUCUACACCCCUUGACAACAAUUCUAAUAAGUGGACUUUGGCGGGGUUUAGCGUUUUAAACAAUAGCGCCCAAUUUUAUUAUGGAUACAAGUUGCUUUGGUACAUGCUGUAAUUUAAUAUAACUUAAUUUUAAUUAAAAAAAAACAUUUAGAUAACAAUAUCAGUUUUAGCAACCCAAAAUUACCAAGAAAUAGCCUCUAACAUCACAGUUGCAAAAUUACUGUAAACUAGUGUUAUUUCCUGAUACAUACAUACAUAUGUAUGCACAUACAUAUACGUAUUACUUAGAAGGCGUCUAUAUAUGUAUAUAUAAAACUACAAAUAGUUUUCUAUAUUAAUUUAUCACUUAAACAUAAGAGAGUUAUGGAGCUUGCCUAACACCAAACGGCGCACUAGGUGAAUGCAUGUUAAUCCAAAAAUGCACUGAACUAUAUAACACGGCCAUAAAACCCAAUUUAGAAGAAGCGGAAAUGAUAUUUUUAAGACGGAGCAGAUGUGGUGCCCUUGGCAAAAGUGUUCUGUUCGUCAAAAAAGCAAAAUGUCAAAGGUGGAAACAGCUGGAAAGCUUCGCCGGAUGAACGCCGGAAUACCACAAUCAUUUGUAGAUAGCUUCAAUAACAGUUGCAAUAAAUGCAACAACAUCGAAAAAUUAUUGACGGAUAAAAUUUCUGAAUUGACAGAAUUAGUUGAAAAACAAAAUACUGUAAUUAUUGAUAUUUUGGCGGAGCAUACUGUAUUGUUAGAAAAGCUGUCUCAAAAAGAGAAGGGAACAAAUUCAGCAAUUUUGAAAUUCCCAAUUAAAACUGAUGCUGAUAUAGCCAAGCUGGAUGCUGAUAUAAAUGACAACAAUAGAGUUUGCUAUAUUUCAGCAAUCCAAUAUUUACUGCAAGGUCAAGUUAAAAAAAAUUUUGAAAAGGUUUUGUCACGUCAAUUUUGCCUCGAAUAUAAUAUUGGUGGAAUAGCAAACAAAAAACGUUUAAAGGAUUUCGGCAAUGUUUAUACCGUACUUAAAAAAGCAAUUGGAAAAACAGCUGUAGAUGCGGAAGCUGAAAUAAGGAAGGCUUUUCAGGUGGUGAAAAAGAGGCACUUCCGGCAGGUUUCAUUUAAUAAAGUUACAUAAAAAUAAUUUAAUAACAAAAACCAGAUUUAAGUUUUUAAUAGUAUUUUAAGUUCCAGUAAGAAAUGUGAAUUAAAAUUUUUAUAAUAAAACAAAAGAAUUUUUUUAUUGGAAAAAGAGUAGCUAUUGGUACUCCAAUGUGGUCCAUUUAGACCACAAUAAUAGGUAGUACACUAUGCCAUGCUCUAGUGUAAGUAGAAAAUAUGUUGGACUAGACGAAGUAGUUUGGUAGGUGGUCCAAAGUACAAUGGUCUUGUGUAAGUAUAAUAUAUGUUGGUCUAAAGGGAGUAGUUUGUUGUGUGAUCCUAUGUUAUGCAGCGUGAGACCAGAUGUGGUCAUGUCCAAUGACAUAGCAAUGUUAAUGUAACUAUAUUUUUCCCAUAUGUUUGGAACACUUCGGUCGCUAGUGUUGGUUACAACGUAGCGUGGUCUUGUCCUAGUACAUACUGUGGUCCUACUUUUUGCAGGGAAGUGUCUUUUUAACCGCUUUGAGCUAAGUGGAAAAAUUCUGUGAGUGUUAACCAGGGAUGGGCACCACCACAAUCAAACGAGCAUCACAAAAUGAGAUUGUGUUAGUGUGCUUAUUCAGUCUGCUUGCAGAGGUUGAGCGAGCAGGCCUAUCAGGGAUAAAGGGAUGUACAACUUAUUCCAGUGUGAGAGCGCCUCAAAAUUUGCGUUUUUUAUAACAUUUUGCAUUAUUACCAGAUCAGACAAAAUACUAAUUUUUGGUCAUUUAAAUUAAAAUACUCAACAUUUAUUAUGGUUAAAAAUUAUUAUAUACUGAAUGUUUAAUAUAAAAUAACUUAUUUCAAUUUCAUUUAGCGAUAAAAUGGUAUAUUAAAAUAGCCGCUUUUCGAAGUUUCAGUAAUAAAUAAGUUUAAUUAUAAAGUGUCAGCUGAAAAUAAAUCAAUUUCUUUUACAAUUUUCCAUGAAAAAUUAGUUUCUCGAUGCUGCAAUUUACAAAAAUAUUCUUAAAAAUUAAUAAUAAUUUAUAUUUUAUAUAAAUUAUAGUAAAAUUGGGUAACAUAAUAAUUUAAAAAAGUAAAUUAGUGCUAUUUUAUAAUGAAAAAAUUGUUUUCAUUUCAUACGUAAAAUAUACAACUUCGUCCGCAUCGACCUGCACAGUCAACUGCUGAUUGCAGACUGUUUUUAUCGUCGUUUAUUUAUCGUAUUGUCCCAUCGUAGGUGCUCGUUUUACGCUCUUCGCUUGUGCGUGUUAAGUGCUGAACACAAAGACGACGACACGACGUAGCGACGGCUGAUCACAAAUGUCGCUUUGAAGCCAGCGUCUUGAACAUUUUGAAGACGGCAGCGACAUAUCAAACAGCAAUUUCAUUGUUGCCGUACUAACAUCUUUCAUUUCAAUAAAAUUUACAUAUUUAGUUUAAAGUGAAAUUAUUUACGCAAAAAAUGUAAACAUUGGCAUACAUACAUAUAUGUAUAAAAACUACAACUUUUCCUGGCAGGUUUCACAAAGAGGCUUAAAGCACUGGAGGCAAAUUGGCUUUAAACAAUCACAACAGCAAUACCUUGUUACCCCUUUUAUUUUUUGGGGACAAAUUGAACACAAUUUUCUUCCACUUGGUGGAUUAGAUUGAAUAAUUGGUGGAGGAGAGUGUAGAUCUUAGUCCUCGUGGCAACCUUUCAUUGUACACCCGGAAUUUCAUAUGGUCUAGCACCAAUUCACUUGCCAGAUUGAUCAUAAAUGUUUUUCUUUUCAUUUUUACAUCACUCUCAGUACCAGAGACCUGCAGAAGUGCACCGCAACUCAAAAUACACCGCGUGCUUACUCGCAUAUUUCUCAUACUUGUGUAUCAAAAACACUUAGCCAAAUAUGUCGCGGUGGUUUAAACACUCACAGAAUUUUUCCACUUAGCUCAAAGCGGUUAAAAAAACACUUAACUCUCUUCUGCUUAUUCAUGUUAUUACUUAAGCUGAGCGACAACACAAAAAAAGCGGUUUGAGUAAAUGACAUUCUCAAAUUUUAGCAACUCUCUGAGUAUUGAGUUCAUUUAAUACUUUGUUGUUCUUUGCACGCUCGUUUUGUGUGUUUUGUAUGUGAUUUACACGAGUGGCAGAUCGAGCAGCCGAAGACGCUGUCAUCCGUGUGCUAAACCCCUGUAAGAAACAGCUGAAGGUCAAAUGAUGAACAAAACAAUAAUUAGUGUGUAUAUGCAUGGACAAGAAAUAAUAAUCGCUUUUUUCCAAAAGCAAACUUUGACUAUAUUAAAAAGGGAUAAAAAUAUUUCAAUUUUACAUGCUAAAAAUUUUUUUAAUUCUAAUUAUCGUACGAACAGUCAAAAGGUUGACAUUGUUCUUGCAGGGAAUGUUCCACAACGAAUGACACACUUGUGUCAGCAUACAUAAAACAACAAAAAAGUUUGCAGUUCUUAAUAAGCAACGCACAAAAAACUGAAGCACGACAAAAAAAGAAUACACGAACAACAAUACAAUAGUAAACACUGAAGUACACGCGCUACUGGUGAUGAGUGUGUCUUGCUUUUUCCUUUGCUGGUCUUGAGUAAGAUCACCACUUGUCAGUGAAAAUCAAAAAGAAGAAUGUGUAAAACAAAUACAAUUAAUAUGCAAUAGCAAGUAUACGACUGGCUCAGUAGCUUUUCCACUCAUAGUUCUUUGAGUAGAUGUUAGCUCACAAUGCAUGUCUAUGAGUGUGAGUGGACACCGCCAUCGCUUUUGAAACAAGUUUACUCUAAGUACGGAAAUUAGGCACUCAUGCAGUUCUCUGGUCAGUACACAUUUGAUAUAAGACAAAGGCAUUAACACCAACCAUAUCUGGUACUCUUUGAAAUACUGCCAUAGGCCAUCGACGAGUUUUUCGACUGCAUGAAUAUAUCGAAAACUUUUUAUCAAUUUCGUCAACUCCUCCUUUUGUAUGGUUGUAAUCUGCUAUCAUAACAGGUUUUUUUGUAUCAGUAUCUAUUUCUUGACAAUGGUGAGAAGACGAGAAAAUGUAUAUUUUUUUUCGGUACGUAUGAUAAUAGGGUAAAUUCUUUCGUAAAACCAUACAUUGAACUCCCGACUUCUCUAGUUUUGCACGGUAAGAAAGAAGAUGGUUCUCAACUUUAUUUUUUUUAGAGUUCCUAAGUAAGUCAAUCCCUUUUUCAGCAGAGCUUCCAUAAGAGGUAUAGAGCUAAACCAAUUGUCAGCCGUCAUGUUCCGGUUUGAGUUUUCGACAACAUUCACAAGUCUUAACACAGACUGAUUUGGUACUGCCAAUUUCCUUUCCUGUUCAUUUAACCCUAUACCGUCAGAAUUUUUACCAAGAUAAAUAUAAGCAUUGUAAAUGUAGUAUGUGCGAGCAUCGACUAACAACAUUAUUUUAAUGCCAUACUUUGCUGGUUUCUGAGGCAUGUAAAUUAUAAACUUGCAGCGACCUUUAAACGGCAGUAACAUUUCAUCGAUGCAAAGUUAUGGUCCGGGUGUAUAUUGAAAUUGACUGUUUAGGAUAAAUUUGUUGAAAAAAUUUGAAAUUAGUGCAAGUUGAUCUUCUUUGAGACGCUCCGCUCUGGUAGUUGAAUCGUCAAAACUAAGGCAGUUUACCAAAGAAGAAAAACGUAAAUUUGACAUCCCACACGGCCACUGCCAUCGGUUGCGAAUAUUGUGCGAAGAUCUGCGUCAUUACAUUUAAAAACUGAAGUGUAGUACAGUAGGCCAUUGAAUGCUUUCAUUUCCGUUACAUAAGUAUCCGUAAGUUCCACCAUUGUAGUAUUACUACAUUUAGCUCGAUAGUUACAGAGUUUUUGAUUAGUAUAUUGUACUGAACAUUCCAACAUGGAUUCGUCAACAAUUUUGGACCAAAGCUGUAAAUAUCCUUCAAAGGUAGAAGUAUGCAGACGACCUGGUAGUCUAACUAAGUUAUGGGAUGCUGUUCUAGAUGUUCUUGGUCGCUAUCUUGCACUCCACAGAAAUCCUUUCUUACCUUUGUAGUAGUUGCUUGUUGGGUGUUGAUUCACUUCUUCACAAAUAUUUUGUGGCUCAGAGGUAGUCGCAUGUUGUUCUUCAUUGUCUUCAUCAUUAUCCAAAAGUGCCGUUUCUGGCUGAAAAUUGGGGUCAUUGCAUUCAUAAUCCAUAUCGCUGAACUCAUGCUCUCUCUUCCUCCAGCCACUGUAGUAUUACCUCAUUUCGGCUUUCCAGAUGAGGUUCUCUCAGAAUAAUGUUUCUCUUGCGAUAUGUUUGAUUGCUCCAUAAUAACAAAACUAAAAAAUAACAAUUUUAUUGACGCGUUGUUUAGGAGACACUAUGGAAAUAUAACAAAAGAAGUAAGGAAGGGCUAAGUUCGGGUGUAACCGAACAUUUUAUACUCUCGCAAUUUAUUGAUGUAAUUUUAUAAAGAUAACACAAUUCGACCCAUAUAUUCUGAAUAAAGUUCAAUAGAAUAACGAAAAUCAUCAUAAAUAGUAUAUGGGGACUGAGGUAAUUCCUAAACCGAUUUCACUCGUUUUCACCACCAAGAUACAAUGUAUCGAAGACUAUACGCUCACUUAAUUUAAUAUUACUUAUAAUUAGGUAUAUGGGAUCUGGGGGAAGUUAUGACCCGAUUUAUACCAUUACAGGUACAGAGAGAAACUGUUAUAAGAAAAAAAUUCAGAGGGAAUGAAUUACAUUAAAAUAUCUGAGCGAUUUACCUAAGUAUAUUUUCGGGAAAAAUUACCCUUAGGCACUGAGUUCUUCAUGUUCGAUAUCAGGGACCUUGAAAAGUCAUGGUUCGAUUUUGACAAUUUUUUCACAAGUGAUGCAACCGAUCAUAUACAGUGUUUGUGUAAAGUUUUAUUUGGCUAUCUUCAUUGGUUCCUAAUGUAUAUAUUAUAAAGUGAAGGAAUAAUAUGAAAUUCAACAAGUAAGGAAGGGCUAAGUUCGGGUGUAACCGAAUAUUUUAUACUCUCGCAAUUUAUUUAUUUAACUUUGUUGAUAUUAUAUAAUACACAAUUUGACCCACAUAUUCGUCAUAUAUAUUGUAUAAAGUCCAUUGAAAGUUGGAAACGAUAAUAUUAGGUUAGAAGCACCGAGGUCCUCGUGUUCGAUAUAUGGGGCCUUAAAAACCUAUGAUCCGAUUUCGGCGAUUUUUAGAAUGGGGCUGCCACACUAUAAACAUAGUAUUUGUGCAAAGUUCUGCACCGAUAUCAUCACUAGUGCUUACUUUAUAUAUUGUAAAGUAAACGAUUCAGAUCGUCUUCAAAGUUCUGGUAUAUAGGAAAUAGGCGUGGUUGUGAAGCGAUUUGGCCUAUUUUCACAACAUAUCAUUGGGAUGUAAGGAAACUAUUACAAACCAAGUUUCAUUGAAAUCGGUCGAGUAGUUCCUGAGAUAUGGUUUUUGACACAUAAGUGGGCGACGCCACGCCCAUUUUCCAUUUCGUAAAAAAAUCUGAGUGCAGCUUUCAUCUGCAAUUUCUUAUGUAAAAUUUAGUGUUUCUGACGUUUUUCGUUAAUGAGUUAACCCACUUUUAGUAAUUUUCUACCUAACCUUUGCAUGGGAGGUGGGCGUGGUUAUGAUCCGAUUUCUUUCAUUUUUGGACUGCAUAAGGAAAUGGCUAAAAUAAACGACUGCAGAAAGUUUGGUUUAUAUAGCUUUAUUGGUUUGAGUAAAAAUUAAGAUAUCUUAAUGAAACUUGGAACAUAUGUUCCUUGGCACCCUGAUUAGAAGGUGGUACAUAAGGAGAGAUAUUUCUAUUUGGUUUUUGUUCAGGCUGUCUGAAUCGGGAUGAACUGUCAAUGUACAUCGGUUAAGGUGUAGCCUGUUUUCGAAAUGGGCUUCUAUUUUCCGAUUUUUGUCUAAAGUGCCUUGGAGACGAUCAAAAAAUUGCGUCAAACACUUUAAGUGUGUUGGUGUCGUCGGCUCUCGUCGGCUCUCGUCGGCUACACGUACGCUACACCGACUUGUUGUCGGCUCUGUUUGAUGAAAAUCAAAAAUUUUUGAUAUUUCUAUUUGACGGACGAUAAUUUGAUCGUCUCCAUUCAUGUUUGACAAGCAUGAGCUCAUUUGCAGGGAAAAUUUCAAGCUGAGAGGACUAGAAAAGUGAAGUGAAGCGAAACGGAAAAAAUAAAAUAAAAUUAAAUAAAAUAAAAUAAAAUAAAAUAAAAAAAUAAAAUAAAAUAAAAAAAAAUUAAAUUAAAUUAAAUUAAAUUAAAUAAAAAAAUAAGAUAAAAUAAAAAAAUAAAAUAAAAAGAUAAAAUUAAAUUAAAUUAAAUAAAAUAAAAAAAAUUAAAUUAAAUAAAGUAAAAUCAAAUAUAAUAAAAUAAACUAAAUAAUAUAAAAUAAUACAAAAAUGGAGAAAUUUUUUUUCAUAAGAAUUGCAGCACAUGCCAAUAAUAGAUAAUCAUCAUCUGACGAUGACAUGAUGACCGUACGUUACGAGCUCAAAACUAAACUGAUGUUUGACGUGUUAAUUUGAACGUUUGCGGGCAACACACUAUUGAACAUCACUAACACAUAUGCACUGUUUGACGAAAUUAUUUGAUCGUCUCCAGGGCACUUAACAAAAAAUGGAUUUUUAGCCAGUUGCACGUUUUUAUAGUCUGAAUAUAAGCUCUUUGGUUGUCGAUGUUUAUUUCGAUGAGCUCUUUCUUCCAAGCAUUUUGCAAAAUUAUUUGCGAAUUAAAAACGUUCAUGAAUGAAGAAUAGCCCUUAAAUCUUUUUUCGAGCCUGAAUAAAUAUCCUCAGUGCAUCUGUUCUGUACAUCUCGCAUUGAAUGUAGCCUUGGAAAGUCACCGCUAUAUGUACAUACAUAUAUAGCGAAGUUGAUAUAUUUUGUAAUAUUAAUGACAGAUAGUGACAGUGUAAUAUUGAAGAAAAAUCUAAAAGUGAAAGGUCUGGAAGUUCUUCAAAUGCAGUAUAUUUUAUUUUUUGCCCCUGAAUAAUAUUGUACAUAUACAGAGGUAGUCAAAAUUAUUUACACAUCGGACGUUUUUUUUACAUGUUUCACAGAAAAAGCUUACGCUUGUUGUUGUUGUUGUUGUCGCAGGGUAACAAAAUGCUAUGGUGUUGUAAACCUUGAUCUAUUCCCAAGCGAAUGAAGUCGGUUUGGCAAGAAUAGCUAGAAAUAUGGCGGAGAAAUAAGCAAAUGAACUGAAGACUCGGAGUAGUCAAAAGUAUUUACACACAUUUUUUUUGCGUCAAAAGUAUUUACACACAACAUGAACUCUAUUAUCCUGUUCUUAUUUAAUGAUAACUAUAACAUUUUAAUGUUCAGUAUAAAUUCUUAUUCUAAGGCGAUAAAUUCAUAAUGGGUUACAUUACCAUUGGCGUCAAUACCAGCCUGCUUUAUGGUCCGAAUUGAUUCAACACAAUUGUGCGCUAAGUUAACAGUUAAAUUAGACCAAAUGUCGGUAAUUUCGGCGUUUUCGGUUAUUAUAUGAAUUGUCCUUUGAUAUUUAACCAAAGACCAAUCAUUUUGACUAAAUUUUUGGUCAGGGCUGUGCGGAGGUCAACUUGAUUUGCUUCAUUUAAAACUUUUGUAGGUAAAGAUCCUUCAUGAAAUGGAGCAUUAUCCUGUUGUAAAAUGUAGUCAAUAGUUGGAAAAGACCGACGGACCACUACAAUGGCAUGGUCAUGUGAAUUCUGAUAUAUCCGGAUGAUUUAGGGUCACUAAAUUAGUACCAAAUCUCCAAAACAGAAGUAAGGAAAAUUUCCCCAAAAAAUAAAAAAAAAAAUCAAAAAUCAUCACUCCCGACUCUAUUUAGCGUCUAAGCUGCAUUAUUCUUCUUCUCACGUGGUAAAUGCAUAAAGCGUUUACUAAAGAAGCCCUGGAACAAAAAAUCAGCCUUAUCUGUCCACGACAGGCUUUAGGAUGCAUUUUAAGGCAAAUGAGAGGCAUAUCGCUUUUUUGGUUUCGGAAAUAAAGCUUUUUUGGUUUCGGAAGUGGUCAACUUUAUGCACAACGUAUGUAUUUAUGUUACUAUUUUUAAAUGUCCUUAGCAGUGUAGCAUCAUUAGCUGUUCAUGCAAUAUGCUGAUUCGAUGAUGCUGCAAUAUUAAGAGGACUAAUUGUGGGAUUUUGUAUGACAGUUCCUACUAUUCUGCUGCAUUCUCUUUGAGUUAUCACAGGUUCCCGCCCAAUUAUCUUUAAAUUGUCCUUGCAAUACUUCGUGUCCUUCUUUUUAAUAACAUUAUAAACAGUAUUCCAUCAAAUUCUAUAAAUUUUAACUAACUCCGAAGCCGAAACCGCAGUCUUAAACUUAGUAACAGUCUCCAAUCUAGUUAUAAUCGAUAAUUCCUUUGUUUUCGACAUUUUAUUUACCAAUUUUUAUAUUUAAAGGCUGAGUUAGGUAGUUAAGAAUGCAAUAGAAUCAAAUUACUACUCUUGCUCAAACCAAAUCCAAGGAUAAAGGCUGAAUCGCCGUGUGUAAAUACUUUUGACGCAAAAAAAAUGUGUGUAAAUACUUUUGACUACUGCGAGUCUUCAGCUCAUUUGCUUAUUUCUCCGCCAUAUUUCUAGCUAUUCUUGCCAAACCGACUUCAUUCGCUUGGGAAUAGAUCAAGGUUUACAACAACAUAGCAUUUUGUUACCCUGCGACAACAACAACAACAAGCGAAAGCUCAUUUGCAUUACAAUUCUGAUUUCCAACACGAAUAUAUACCAUAAUAUUCCUAGAAGAAUAUUAGCUCUUCCUUACUUGUAUUUUUUUUAAAGAAUGUCCCGACUUGUGCUUGCAUUUUGCAAAGAAUUCAUUGAUAAUUAGUUUUUAGUUGGUUUUGCUUAUUCGAGGCCUAUCUUAUGUUUUUGGUUUUAAUUUUGUUGUUUUUUUAACAUAUUCUAUUACUAGAUGUAUUUUAUAAUAAUACUAUAAAAGAAAAAUCAUAAAAAACUAAACCUUUGCUGUAGAAAUUUAAUUUCGAAGUUAAUUUUUUGUAACUAUUUGCAUUUUGUGAACAAUUAUGAAAAAUGUAAAACCUGACCACGGUCCCUUUUUAUGACAUGAUAUCAUAUGAUGCUUUAUGAAUUCAAUUUCAUAAAAGUUAUGUAUGUAUAUCUUUUUUAGCGCUUUAUAUCACUGAAGAAUAUUAUUGAUUGUCUUUCAUUU